AUGGCAGUCAAUGGCGUCCUGGUUAACGACGUGCCUAUGCAAGGUAGGGGCUUCUAUAGCUCGCAUUCUGAGUUGCAGCAUGCAGCCAUGCUCGAGACACUGCCGCUGCUCCAAACAGCGGCUUCUCAAAUUACCGUCGACCUGAAGCAGAGAGGUCGACUCACAGUGGCGGAAUACGGCUCGGCCCAUGGGAACAAUUCCUUUGAGCCCUUUUCUACCAUUGUACAAGCACUCCGUAUACCCGAAGAUGCACAAAUCACGCUGGUUUUUAGUGAUCGCCCCGAAAACGACUUCAGUAUCCUCGCCUCUAACAUCGCAACGUUCGAGGCCCGUCAGCAGCAGAACAAGCGGCUGUUCACAGCCAUGGUGCCCAAAUCCUUCUACCAGCAGAUUGCGCCAUCAGCCUCCGUGGCCAUUGGCUUCUCGCUGGCCUGUCUACACCACCUGGAGCAUGUCCCGCCCCUGGCAGAGGGAGAGUCCCCUGUCGACACAUCCCGCAUAUCCGUGCUCCGCGAGCAAUCCCGCACAGACCUGUCCCGGUUCCUCGAACAUCGAGCCGCGGAAAUCGCGCCCGGAGGCGCCCUUGUGCUAUCCUUUGUCGCCCAGUCAUCUACCGGGGAAGAAAAUUAUGCCGGGCUGGUGGAUUCCUGCCGGCGAGCGCUAAUCGAAAUGCUCCAGGCCGGGCGGAUCCCCAUGGCUGCUGCUACGUCCUUUGAAGUGCCCACUUAUAACCGCAAACUGCAAGAUCUCGACGACCUGACAAAGGAUGGAGUGCCUGGGAAGUGGGCAGUCAGGGACAUUUCAGAGAAGCGCGUGGUCCAUCCGGCCGGUGCCGAACUGCGGGCGCGGCAUCAGAAGACUGACAGCGAUAGCGAUGGUGGCGAGAAGCAGAAGAAGCGGGACAGGGACAGCGAGUGGUACGCUGAAACGGUGACUGAUUGGCUGAUGGCGGUCGUGUCCGGCUACUUCCUCAAGGCUCUGCGUGUUGGACUAGGUGAGGCUUAUACCGAACAAGAAGGACAUACGCUGCUGGCGGAGUGGACGCAGAGGACCAAGCGAGAGUUUCUGGCACACCAUCGGGAUGAGGAUGUCAACUGUUGGUUUAUCUAUCUCCAUUUGGAGAGGCUCUAG